UAAAACGGCAUUACCAUUUAGAAGCAGAAAAGGGAUGGAAUGUGGAUCGAUGCCGCGCGGCGCAGGAGAUGUCGCGUGCGUAGAUAACGUAGAUUGUAGUUGUAUUCUGUAUUGUAUCUUGUGCAGUUGUUGUAUCUGCUUGUUCUAUACUGUAUUGUUGUUGUAUACUGUAUUGUACUGCUGUAGUGCUUUCAGAAUCAGACAUCACAGCCCAUCUCUUCUCACCACAUGCCUCUCCCACCCCCCCACCGCCGCCCUCACCGCAAGCUCCUCAUCGCGGCCGCCGUCCUCGUCACCUUUGUCUUCGUGCACCUCCUCAACCGCCCAGACGAAGUCCCGUCCGAGCCCGCGAUCGCGUCCGAGCUGGGCGAUAUCAUCAAGCAGCAGCAGCAGCAGCAGCAGUCGUUGCUUUCCGAGUCUGAGCACGAACGAGCACGGACUGAGAGUGCGGAGGGAGCUGUUGUUUCUGCACAGAGUGUAAUUGCUGAGCUGCAGAUUGAGAAAGAGGAGUCUUCUUCUUCAUCAUCAUCUUCUUCUCUAGAUACUUCAAACAUCAACACACACACCGAAGACCAGCAAAUCAUCAUCAAAAAACUGCAGACAAGCAUGCACUCGCACCACUCCCACAGCGGCGACUACGUCAUGCACGCCAAAGACCAUCUCGAGGAGAUUGUGCAAAAGGCAGUGCAGAUGGGGUUCACGACGUAUUGUCUGACCGAGCAUAUUCCGCGGAACAGGCUUGCGGAUUUGUAUCCCGAGGAGAGCAAAUUGACAAUCACAGACCUCGAAACCACAUUCGCGAAAUUCUACGCCCACGCGCGCGCCCUGCAAACAAAAUACGCCCCGCAAAUCACCCUCCUCGUCGGCUUCGAGACCGACUACAUCCGCGCGGACGAGUACAGCCCACUAAUCAAGACCCUUCAAAACACCUACAAGUUCGACAUGUUCGUCGGCUCCGUGCACCACGUCGCCUCGCUCCCCAUCGACUUUGACGCCGCGAGAUGGACGGCCGCGAUGCAGAAAGCCGGCGGAACACCGCGCGCGCUGUUCGCGGCCUACUUUGACGAGCAGUACGCGAUGCUCGCGGACCUUCGUCCCCCUGUCGUCGGACACUUUGAUCUCAUCCGCCUCUUCGCGCCCGCGGACGACACCGCGCGGCCGAUCGCGCGCGACUGGCCUGACGUCUGGGCAAAGAUCGUGCGCAACGUCGAGUUCGUGAUUCGCUACGGCGGCCUCUUCGAGCUGAACUCGGCAGCCAUCCGCAAGGGCUGGUCUGAGCCUUAUCCGCGGAGCGACGUCGUGCAGCUGAUUAUGCAGAAGGGCGGGCGGUUUUGUUUGUCGGAUGAUAGCCAUGGGUUGGCGCAGGUGGGGCUUAAUUUCCAUAAGGUGGUCAAGCAUGUCAGUCAGUUGGGUUUGAGGGAGCUGUAUUAUCUUGAUUUGGAUGAUAGUGGAGAGGCGGUGGUUAGGAAGGAUGAGGUCGAGAAGUUGAUGACUGAUCCGUUUUGGACGCAGUACGACAAGCUGUGGUAGUUAUGAUCGAUAGUAUUUUGAUGUCUGUAUGAUGAUCUGUAGUAAUUUGUAUGAUGAUAUGUGAUGAUGUAGUAAAACUAUUACAACU